UUCCCGGAAGGGCGCCGGCGGCUGCGGGGCUGCGGCGCGGGCCAUGGCCAGGGCGCGGGGCUCGGCGAGCUGGCUGGCCGGCUUCCUGCUGCUGCCAGCUCUAGGAAUGCUUCCGCCUCCUGAGAAUGUCAGGAUGAACUCAGUUAAUUUCAAGAACAUCCUACAAUGGGAUCCACCUGCUUUCCCCGAAGAGAACCUGACUUUCACAGCCCAGUAUGAAAGCUACAGGUAUUUCCAAGAUCGCUGCAAGAACACUGUCUCUACACAGUGUGACUUCUCCACCCUCUCUAAGUAUGGUGUGUACACUCUGAGAGUCAGGACUGAGCUCGCAGAUGAGCAUUCGGACUGGGUGAACAUCACCUUCUGCCCUGUAGAAGACACCACUAUUGGACCUCCUGAGGUGCGCAUAGAGUUUCUUGCUGAUUCUUUACAUAUGCGCUUCUCAGCCCCGCACAUUGAGAACGAGCCUGAGACGUGGACCAUGAAGAACAUUUACAUCUCAUGGACUUACAGGGCGCAAUAUUGGAAAAAUGGGACCAAUGAGAAGGUUCAAGUCACUUCUCCAUAUGACUUUGAGGUCGUCAGAGGCCUGGAGCCAUGGACAACUUACUGCGUUCAAGUUCAAGGGUUUCUUCAAGGCCAGAACAGAACCGGAGAAUGGAGCAAACCUGUGUGUGAGCGGGCGACCAGUGACGAAAUGACUCCUUCCUGGAUGGUGGCCGCUGUCCUCAUAACCUCCGUCUUUGUGGUCGUCCUCUUUCUCCUUGGCUGCUUUGGCUUGCUGUGGUUCAUUUACAAGAAGGCCAAGUACACCUUCCGCUCUGGGACGUCUCUUCCACAGCACCUGAAGGAGUUUCUGGGCCCCUCCCAUCACAGCACACUUCUGCUCUUCUCCUUCCCUCUCACUGAGGAGCCUGAAGUGUUUGACAAACUGAGUGUCGUCACGGAAGCCAUAGAAGACAGCAAGCAGAUUCCUGCCGACAGCUGUGCCCUGGGGACCCUGUGUGAGCCAGGACAUCAGGAGCUGGAGCCCACGGAUAAAAGCCCCGCGCCUGCGCUCAGUGACCCCUUGCUGCUCAGGUCGGCCUCAGAAGUGUGAUCAGAAAACUCCAAGCCUUGGGCUUCCUGAAGCUGGCCUGGUAGAGACAACCAGAGAGCCAGGACCAGAGACUGCAGCCGCAGAGUUCUCCGCUUGGGAGUUCACUGCUUUAUGGAGACUUUGAUAAUGAGGGCCGAGGGUGCAGCCCGGCGGACUGAGCGCACCAGGCACACAAUGAGGUACGAGCUUUGAUCCCCUGCACCUCAGAAGCAGGGUGGGUGGUGCUGUCUGCCUAGAAGCCCCACACUUGGGAGGUAGAGGCAGGAGGGUCAGAGGCUCAAGGGACACAGGGAGUUCAGGGCCAAGCUGGACGAAAGACCCUGUCUAGAGAGAGAGAGACUUUAAUAAUUAUUUUUUUAAUGACCACUGAAUGUAAUUUGAGCCCUUUGCACUUACUAAAAUAAAAGCCAAUUUAAAUUCUGAGAAGCAGAAGUGUUUUAAAUAGGGAGAAAAAGUGGAAACACCAUAAAAUCAUAAGAAUGCCCGUAAAUCAUCCUCAUCACAAAGUGGCCCCUCCCCACGCACUCCCCAUGCUGGACACACGUGAACAUUUCAGAUACUCAAGGAUCAAAGAAAUUUCCUUUCCUGCCUGCGUGUUUUGUAUUAUUGGUGGUGUUCUGUAAAUAUUCUAUAUUUGUAUAUUGUGUUAGCUAGCUUUCCGCUGUUGUAAAAAAUACCUGACAUAAACAAUUUACAAGAAAGAAGA